AUGGAGGACAGCGGCUCCGGUCACCGACAGCUCCACUUCGUCCUGCUCCCAUGGCUCGGGACGAGCCACACGAUACCCAUGAUCGACAUCGGCCGCAUGCUGGCCGAGCGUGGUGUGGCCGUCACCGUCGUCAUGACGCCGGCCAACGCCGCCUGGCUGAGUCCAACCAUCUCCCACAUCGCCGACUCCGGCCUCGCGAUCCGCUUCGUCACCCUUCCCUUCCCCUCUGCUGAGGCAGGAUUACCGGAGGGCUGCGAGAGCUUCGACAGCCUCCCCUCCUUUGACAUGGUGCCCAACCUCUACUACGCUUCCAAGCUACUGCGGCACCCCCUGGAGGUUCUGCUCCGUGAUCUGACGGUUGCCCCGAGCUGCAUCGUGUCCGGCAUGUUCUACUCCUGGACUCCGGCGGUCGCUCGGGAGCUCGGCGUUCCAUGCUUCGUCUUCCAUGGCUUCGGCGCCUUUGCGCUCUUUUGCAUGCACAACCUCUACUGUUACAAGCCUCACGAGAGCGUGUCGUCGCCGACCGAGCCCUUCACGAUCCCGGACUUGCCGUUUCCGUUCGAGAUCACGAGGCAGCGGCUCCCAAUCCAAUUCCAGUUGCUGCCUCGGUUCUUGGAGAUGUGCGAGGAGGGCAGAGAGGGUGAACUGGCGAUGGACGGCAUCAUCGUCAACAGCUUCGACGAGUUGGAGCCGGGAUAUGCUGUACGCUUAGCGGUGGCCUCCGGAAAGGAGGUCCGCCCCAUCGGCCCGGUGUCGCUGUGCUGCAGGGGUAGCUCCGACAUGGCCGCGAGGGGCCAGAAGCCGUCCGUGGAAGCAAGCCGAUGCAUGCAGUGGCUGGAUUCGAUGAAGCCACGGUCUGUGGUGUACGUCAGUUUCGGCAGCCUGGCCAGAUUUGCGCCCGCUCAACUGAUGGAACUCGGCCAUGGGCUGCUCGCUUCAAGACGACCCUUCAUCUGGGUCAUCAAUGGCGCGGAAUCGCUGUCAGAGGAAGUGGAGCAGUGGCUGCAAGAGAAGCUUGAGAUCAAGGAGGUCGACUCAAGGUGUCUCUUGAUCCGUGGCUGGGCGCCGCAGGUGAUGAUCCUGUCGCACCCAGCGGUGGGAGGAUUCAUGACGCACAGCGGGUGGAACUCGACGCUGGAGAGCGCAAGCGCGGGCGUGCCGGUGGCGAGCUGGCCGCUGUUCGCCGACCAGUUCAUCAACCAGAAGCUGAUCGUGGACGUGCUCGGGAUCGGAGUCGCGGUCGGCGUGGACACUUCCGUGGGGCUGAAGCAGGCGCCGGAGGAUGGGGCGUCGGUCACGAGGGACGAAGUGGCGGAGGCUAUCGAGAGGUUGAUGGGGGGAGGUGAGGAGGGAGAAGAGAGGAGGAGGAAAGCCAAAGAACUCGCGGAGGAAGCAAGAAAAGCUGUGGCCAAGUGUGGUUCUUCCUACGAUAACUUGACGCUGCUGAUUGAAUCUGUAGCACAGAAAGCGAAGAAGAAUUAA